CCGGAGCCCACCCGCGGGAGUAAAAGAAAGGAGAGGGAGGAAAGGAGCGAGGGAAGGAGCGCCGCCGGGAGGGAGCCGUGUUGACAGGAGGCUAGAAAAUCGAGUGCAGCAUGGGUGACUGGAGCUCUCUGGGGCGGCUGCUGGAGAACGCUCAAGAACAUUCCACUGUCAUCGGAAAGGUCUGGCUCACCGUCCUCUUCAUCUUCCGCAUCCUGGUGCUGGGCGCGGCGGCCGAGGAGGUGUGGGGCGACGAGCAGUCGGACUUCACGUGCAACACGCGGCAGCCCGGCUGCGAGAACGUCUGCUACGACGAGGCCUUCCCCAUCUCCCACAUCCGCUUCUGGGUGCUGCAGAUCAUCUUCGUCUCCACGCCCACCCUCAUCUACCUCGGCCACGUGCUGCACAUCGUCCGCAUGGAGGAGAAGAGGCGGGAGAGGGAGGAGGAGCUCCGAAAAGCCGAGAGGCACCAGGAGGACCGCGACCCCCUCUAUCACAACGGAGGAGUAGGAGGAGGGAAGAAGGAGAAGCCGCCGAUUCGCGACGAGCGCGGGAAGAUCCGCAUCCGCGGGGCGCUGCUCAGGACCUACAUCUUCAACAUCAUCUUCAAGACUCUGUUUGAGGUGGGCUUCAUCCUGGGACAGCACUUCCUCUACGGCUUCCACCUGAGGCCGCUCUAUAAAUGUGGCCGCUGGCCCUGCCCCAAUACUGUGGACUGCUUCAUCUCCAGGCCCACCGAGAAGACCAUCUUCAUCAUCUUCAUGCUGGCGGUGGCCUGUGUCUCCCUGCUCCUCAACCUGAUGGAGAUCUUCCACCUGGGCUGGAAGAAGGUCAAGCAGGGGUCCUGUGAGCUCGGCGGAGUCGCCGCGAGGGGCGAGCCCGAGGACGCGGAGACGAUCCCCGGGCGGACCCGUGCGCCGGCGCGCGACUGUUUGCCGGCGUACGUGACCGUGGUGGGGGUCGGGCCGGAAAGGGGAGGAGCCUGCAGUCCGACUGUAGCCCCCCCAGCAGCGAUGUCCUUAAAUGCCGCCUCUAUGCCCGCCAGAUUCAAGAUGGAUGCCCCGUUGUUCCACACAGAUGACUUCCUGUUCGAGGCGCCGCCCACGUCUUUUUACGGCGAGAAAGUGAGCCGCGAGCAGCUGACGGCGACGGAGCAGAACUGGAGCAACAUGGAGCUGGAAGGAAAAGACUCUUCCUCCGCCUCCUCCUCUCCUCACGAGGAGACCACGCCGCCACUUCCGCAAGGGGAGCAACGCUCCAAUUUUCCGACGCUUCCUCGCCACACCCCUCUUUCCCCGCUCGCGCCGGAGGAGGGAAACGCGGCGCCUUCCACGCCGCACGGUGAUGACUUCACCGUGGUCACCAGGGCGGAGAUGCAUCCGCCUCCCGCCGCGAGAGAAGGCCUGAAGCCGAGUCGGCCCAGCAGGAGAGGCGGCGGCCGAGCUCGCCACGACGACCUGGCGGUGUAGCUAUAACACACACACACACACACACACACACACACACAACCAUGCAGACGUGCUGUGUACACACAGGAAACCUACUCCAGCUUUAU